AUGGAGGACUUAGUUGAUUUCGACAACCGCUUGACGCUUGAGUUGAGAGAAUUUCUCUUAGACAUAACAGGUUUCAAGCCAAUCCGUGUCAGUAAUGUGGAAGGAGAUGUUCUUGACAUUUUGUUUCGACACACUCUUCGUGUUCCAGAAAGUGACAAUGGCUUCCGAGUACCUCCAGACUUUGGACCUUUUCCAAUCUACCCGAUUGUUGUCUAUAAGGAUAAAAUCAGUCAAUCUAUACCUAAAAACGAUGUUAUAUUUAUCCCUAUCUAUCAGCAAGAGGCGAUGUGGAUUCAUUUCGAAUCACGUGGAAUUUUCGCUGUGAAAGUCAUUGUCGAUGGUGUAAACGCCGUCUCCGGAGAACCUUAUAAAGAAAUCUUAUCAGUAGAUCCCAGACGUUUAGCAUCGAUCUAUGAAAACAAGUCAGUUCACGAUUAUAUCAUCGCCGGAACUAUUAGCCAAAGAUGCUUGGACGCUAUCAAGAUCAAAGGCGACGAGAUCAUGAAGUUUGUCGCGGCCCCGAUCCCAAAUCACACCGUCCCGCCGUCAACGGAAUCGUCAAUUGAAGCGACUGACGGUACUCGUAGAGUGCAAUUUGAGAUCGUACCACGAAGGAUCAGCGAGCUAGACCGCAUACCUAUCACUGUGCAUACGUUGUCUGGCGAAGCCAUUCAUUUGAAUAUCUCUAUCGAAUCCACUGCAGGCGAUCUGAUUGACAAGAUCCAUAACAUUACUAGUAUUCGACAUGACGAACAAAGAAUAGCUUUCGCGGACCAGCAGCUUGAAUUCGGCAAGUCACUUUAUCGGUACGUUAAAAUUAUAUCUAUCUUCGGAGGUCGGCCAAGAUCUCAUGAAGCUCAAAAAUACUCGCCCCGAACAGCAGCACAUAAACGGUUACCGGAGCAUUACGAGACGAUACAAGAGGAUUAUAGUCAGAAAAGAGAUGUGAUAUUUGCAGAUACCAAUACAAACAUUGCGCAAGAUAUAGAAGCCGAUACAUUUGACGCAGAAGACUGGGAUAUAGAGAACACUUUGAUAUUAACCUGCAGAUGA